AUGAAAUUCAUUACUAUUGGUUCCUUUUUGGCUUUGUCCGGAUUGGCUGCUGCCGGACAUUUGCAUGGACAUGGUGUCACUAGUUAUUCGGUGGAAACUAAACAUGAACCUUCCCUACAUCAUAGCUGGUCACAUGGCCAUAGUGGUGACAGUCAUGGCUUGUCGGCUGGUCACGGUCAUGAGAGUCAUCAUGUUUGGGAGAGUCAUCCAGAAAGUCAUAUUGUAUCCAGUGAUUCCGGUCAUGACGGUCAUGAUGAACAUUAUGAUGAAUAUGCUCAUCCUAAAUAUGAAUUUAAAUAUGGUGUCAAGGAUCCCAAGACUGGUGAUGUAAAGGAUCAAUGGGAAGAGAGAGAUGGUGACAAAGUUAAGGGAGGGUAUACUUUCAAGGAAGCUGAUGGCACAACUCGUGUAGUGGAAUACCAUGCCGAUAAGCACAGUGGUUUCAAUGCUGUAGUCAAAAAUAUUGGACAUGCUCAUCACGAAGAAGUCGAACAACAACAUCAUGAUAGUGGUCACUUAAAACAUAGCCAUGGCCAUGGUUGGUAA